CAUGAGAAAGAGUCACGUGAAAUUUUGUUGUGAUGUGCACAAGACUUUCCUCUAUCUUUCACUUUUCAUUCGACUGAGGAGAUAAUUUACUCGUGCAGCUUACAUAUUUUAACAAUGCAGCUGAAGACAGUAUUUAGAAACUGUGUAGUAUUUUAUUUAAUUUCUGUGGUAAUGACUGAUGAUAUUAACACAGAUAUCUGUGCCUAUCCUAAGCACAACCCCGGUACAGAUCUUCCACCAGCAGUAAAAAGAGCGUUAGGAGUAUUAACUAAGCUAACUGGAACAAGAUUUGUAGAUAAAGACGAUAAAGGGGAAUAUGAAUACAAGAUUGGAAUCUGUACUAAAGCAGAUGAUGACGCUAUGGAUAAUGUAGGAGUAGUCCAAGUAAAGGUGAAAGAUAAACAUAAACACAGGAUUGGAUUUUACAAUGACUCGCAUUUAACUGGUGGUACUGACUGGAUAUCUCUAGAAUAUCGCGGGGGAGAAAACUACGGCACCCACUGUACACACGAGAACAAAAAAGCUAUCAUCAUGAUUGUCUGUGAUCCUAAUGAUAGUGAGGGUCAUGGUAAAGUGGUAGAAGAAAAUAACCAGAAGACAGAUGAGUGUUAUUACCUGUUUGAAUACUCCCACAGCGCCGUGUGCACAGAGGUUCCGUCGUUCCAGCUACUGCAGGGACUAAGUGCUGGAUCUGUCAUCAUCAUAAUAUUUAUCUCUCUUAUGGCCUUGUACUGCAUAGUGGGCUUAUUAUACCAGAGGUUUGUGCGGGGUGCUAAGGGCAUGGAGCAGAUUCCAAACUAUGCAUUCUGGCAAGAUUUUGGCAAUUUACAAGCAGAUGGCUGUGACCUCGUCUGCCGUUCAGGCCAGAGAUUUAGUUCAAGGGCGUACAAAGGGAUUGGCGAUGACCAGCUAGGGGACGAUGAACAGGAUAUAGAUGAUCACUUACUACCAAUGUGAAAGGUUGAAGUCGAGAGGAGGCAACUUCUGUAUCUUGUACAAUGUUGUUUGAAUUUCAUUGUUCUUGUUCACUUCCCUGCUGUUUCUCUCUCUUGCGGUUAUAAUGUCAGUAGUUUCGUUAUCUGGGGGUAGAGUUUUUUUUUUUUUUUUUUUUUUUUUUUAGAGAAAAGCUUUCCAUGUUUCUGAAAUGUUUUCAAAGCAAGCACAAUUCCCCAAAAUGGGGUGAAUAUUAAAGCAAAAUUGAGCUACGAACAUGUUACGUGCAAGACUCUUGGUUUCAACUCGUGGUAGCUUCUUGUUUUUAAAAACCAUGAGUGUUAAUGAAAAAAGUGCUCUUCCUCUAUGCUGGAAUGGAUAGGCUCCAUGGACAAUCGAGUGAUUCACUACUGACAUAAAAAUUGUUUGUACAGGUAGCACAGUGUACAUUUUAUUUUAUUAAAGAGAGUAUAUAUUUGUAUAAAACACAAACAUCAGAGGCUGAUGCUGCCCUAUCCGCAAAGCACUUGACUGUGCUUUUACACCUUUUGCAAAUGAUCAUUAGUCAGAAUGUUUUUUCUGCAUCAGUGACUGAUUGCGCUCUGUCACAUCUGACACAAUUGCCUGAAUGGCGACUGUCUUGGAGAAGCCGACACGUAGACACAAUUGUAACAUUCCAGGUACAAUAAAGCUAAGAAGAAAGAUUUUGCAAGGUAGAUUUUUUCUGCGUUUUAAACUUGUAGUUGAGAUUGAUUUCUCAUUUGCGCUUAGCUUUUCUUCACUUUUCGAAUUUUUUUGGCUUUGUGUUGUUUGUUGCACUGUACGAAGAUUUGCUUGUUUUUGUAUGGCCAUUUUAACUAUUGUAAAUUAACAUAAAUAAGAAACAAAUUUUUCUGUAUUUUUAGAGAAAAGGGGGUACUUUUAUGUGCUUAAAUUUAGCAGAAGGGGGGCUAUUUUGUCUUAAUGAAGAUUUCUGUAGCUUUACAGAGCCCUUGUGAUAAAUUUAACAUUAUCCGGGAUAAACUGGUUCCUAUUAUUUGUUGAAUAGUAGACAAAUGGUCAUGUUCUGGGUAGAUAUGCUUGUGUAACGUUUAGCAGUCCAUGUGGGGACUUUGUAUGGACGCCAGCACUACGUAGUGGUAGAAAGUUGUGGACAAUUAAGGGGUGGGACGCAGACUUUUUUGCUAUUUUCACUCCCUGAGACCCCGUAACCCUCAGUGACAGCUUUCAGUAUUCUCCAAUCAUGUUAAUGUAUUAAGGUUGUAAUUUUUCCUAUUAGCUAUUUAUUAAUGGGUUCAGUUCUUAAGAAAGAGAGAAAUAAAAUGGAUAAUAAACACCU